AUGGAAAAAAUUAAAGAAUAUUUACCUGAUAUUUCAAGCAUAACAGGUAUUAUGUUUUACUCAUUUAUAUCUUAUUGGAUGAUUUUUACAUUGAGCAUCAUAGUAGACAGGUUAAUGUUCUCAGGUAAGAAUAAUGAGAACACCAAAAUGAAAAAAAUAAUCAAAGCAAGAGAUGUUAAGAAAUAAUAAGCUGAUAAAUUAUUAAAGAAAAUAGAUAAAGUCACAAAAUGAAAUUUAUAAAUGUUGUAGAGUUAUUAAACAAAAUUAUUUAUAAGAAUUAAAUUUUAUUUAAGGUUAUAGGCUUAGAGGCUAUAAAGUUUAGAAUUCAUUUCGUGAAUCUAUCCCAUGUAUUAUUAAGCCAAAUUUAUAAAUAAAUAAACCAUUAUUAUGGUUUAAUACUUAAUAUAUAGAUGAAAUAAACGUAUGUUAUAAAUUUUAUUUUAGUUGAUAAAUAUUAAAUUAUCAUAAUCAGUUAUUUCUAAAAAUUAAAGUACUCUUAAUAAAUCGAAAUCAUUUUAAGAAAGAAUUAAAAAUUUAUUAAUUGCAUUCAACUUAAUCAAAUAUUUUUAGAAAUCUUUAUAUGAUGUCUCUAAUGUAAAUUUUUACAUAUUAUUGUUAGUUUAUUAUUGAGUAUUCCUAAUUAAGUUACUAAAUACAUAUUAAUGAAUAAGAUUCAUCAAUAUCUGGAUUAUAAUUAUUUUAAGCAUUUUCACCAGAACAAAUAAAUUUAUUAAAAUUUCAUUUCAAUCAAAGGAUUUAAACACCCAAGAUGAUA